UAUUUGCAUUUGAUGCAACUUGGACAUUGAUACAAUCAUUACAACAACUUUGUUCAACAUAUAUAAAUAGUUCUUUUCCAUGUUUAUCAAUUGUUAACAAUUCAUUCUGUUUCGAUCGUCAUCUUCUUAAUGCCACUUCAUUUCUCAAUACGAUUAGUACUACAGAAUUUCUUGGCGUAUCUGGUCCAGUAAAAUUUAGUGCCAAUGUGACAGAUAGAAUAGAUGGAAUUUAUUAUAUUGUACGAAAUAUUCAGCCUUCUACAAAUAAUUUAGAAUUGGUGCCAGUAUUGCAAUGGUCUCAUACUAAUGAUUGGAAAACAUAUACACAAGCUGAUGUCAUCAUAUGGCCUGGUAAUACAUUAGCACCUCCUACUGGAUUAGCUGGUCUUGAAGGAAUAAACUUACGAAUUUGUAUUAUUGAAUCAAUGCCAUUCACAAUACGAACAAAUAUCAUUGAACAAAAUCAAACGAAGUUAACUGGUUAUGUACCCGAUCUUAUUGAUCUUUUACAAACUAGAAUGGGAUUUAUUCCUUAUUUUAUAUAUCCACCAGCAAAUCAGACUUAUAAUGGAUUAAUUAAAUCAGUGGCGACAAGUAUUUGUGAUGUAGCAAUUGGUGAUAUUACUGUUACUGCUAAGCGAAGAGAAAUAGUUGAUUUUUCAGCUCCAAUAUUUGACAAUUCUCUGCGAAUUAUUGUUCGACAAACAAAAACUGUUCCUAUUGAUCUUCUUUCCUAUUUAAGACCAUUCUCACUUAAUCUAUGGUCGAUAUUCUUCAUUUGCAUCGUUUAUGCUACUGUUUUACUUUGUGUAUUAGAACGACAGAAUAAUGAAGCGUUGCAAAAUAGAUCAAUAAUAUCAUCCGGUGCAAUGAGUAUGUGGUAUUCUAUUGGUACUAUUAUGGGAUAUGGUGCAGAUUUUCAUGUUCAAACAGCUCCAGGACGAUUAUUAACUAUAGGUUUAUAUCUCUUAAGUCUGAUAUUAGUGGCAACAUAUACUGCAAAUUUAGCAUCUGAUUUAACAAUAUCAAAAUCAAAAGAUACUAUUUCUGGUAUUGAUGAUAUCAAAAAUGGAAAGAUACCAUUUAGUCGUGUUGGUAUUCUUGUAGAAUCAUCACAGGAAGAUUAUUAUUUACGUGAAAUUUCUGGAGGUGUUCGUAAUUAUUAUCCAUUGAAAACACAAGAUGAAUUGUAUAGCAGUUUAUUAAAUAAUUUAAUUGAUGCAUCGAUUUUGGAUAUUAGUGCUCUAGAAUAUUAUACUAAUAAUAUAUAUUGUAAUUUAACACUUGUCGGGAAAGAUUUUGUCCCGAGUUCAUAUGGUAUUGCUUAUCCUAAACAAUGGUUAUAUGGAAAAGAUUUAGAUGUCAUUAUAUUAUCAUUUAGAGAAUCAGGUGUUCUUGAUGAUUUAAAAAAGAAAUGGUUUGAAAAAAGUGUUUGUCCAGAUUCAUCUUCAUCUUAUGUAUCUACUAGUAUCAACCUGGAACAAAUGAGUGGUUUAUUUGUUACUUUUAGUGUUAUCAGUAUUCUAUCAAUUAAAGGUUAUAUUCAUUCAAAUGAUGAACAGUUUUCAUGA